AGCGCCAUGCGCGGCUGGCGAUUGGAAAGCCUAGCUCUGCUCUGUUAAGCUCUGCUCUGUUAGGAUGUUGCGGACAGCAGCACCUACCACCGGGUUGUUCCGGACAGGAGAAGUCCACACAGGGACAACCAUCAUGGCGGUGGAGUUUGAUGGGGGUGUCGUGGUGGGUUCUGAUUCCAGGGUGUCCGCAGGAGAAGCUGUGGUGAACCGAGUGUUUGACAAACUUUCUCCUCUACACCAGCGCAUCUACUGUGCCCUCUCCGGUUCAGCUGCUGAUGCCCAAGCCAUAGCUGACAUGGCCGCCUACCAGCUGGAGCUGCAUGGGUUGGAACUGGAGGAGCUGCCCCUUGUUCUAGCUGCUGCAAACGUGGUAAGGAAUAUCACCUACAAGUACCGAGAAGACUUGUCAGCGCAUCUCAUGGUGGCUGGUUGGGACCAACGUGAGGGGGGCCAGGUGUAUGGAACCAUGGGAGGAAUGCUGAUCCGACAGCCCUUUUCCAUCGGUGGUUCUGGCAGUACCUACAUUUACGGUUAUGUGGACUCUACCUAUAAAGCAGGCAUGACCCCUGAGGAGUGCAGGCGCUUCACCACGAACGCCAUCACUCUGGCCAUGAACCGUGACGGCUCUAGUGGGGGAGUCAUCUACCUGGUCACCAUCACAGCCACUGGUGUGGACCAUCGAGUAAUCCUGGGAGAUGAGCUGCCAAAGUUCUAUGAUGAGUGACUUGUCCCCAGGCUCCCCUGUCAUAGAACCAGCACUGGUGUCGAAAUGGGCGUCAGAAGGAACUGUGGGGAGAAGAGCUUCCUUCCCAACCCAGACAUCAGUGCGCCCUUCUCAUUCCUUUCUUAAAAAUAAACUUUAUUAUUAAAAAACACUUGCAAAUAAAAAUAAAUAAAACAUAAAUAAAUAAGUAAAUUUCAAAGAAAUGAAAACAUCCAACACCAAAAGUAACCAGAUCCAAAGCCUUCAGAACUCAAUGAACUUCUAUGCAGUGAAGAGUUGGGAGUCAAUACAGGAGCUGUGAUGCUUCCAUUAAAUUUCAUACCUUAUCAUUCUUUCAUUCUUUAUCUCUAAACUAAAACAUCUUCCCCAGAGAAAGGAGGCCUCAGACACCAGAAGAAAAAGCCUCAUAUAUGAGAGGUUACUGUGUACAAAAAAAAAAAAAUAAAUAAAUAAGAUUUAUUUACUCUUA